CAUUCCAAAGGGAACUCUCAUUCACAGAGACUAAGACACCGAUUCCCAGUCCUACACUGGGAUCCCGCUGUCCUGGGUUUAACGCACUACUGCCUCAGAAAACUGCACUCUAUCCUGCUGUGAAGAACCGAAGACCCAGAGAGAACCCGAGCCAACAAUGGGAGGGAGCUGCGCGCACCGGCGGCGCCCCAGCCGCCCGCAGGUACUGUUUACACUGCUGCUGCCUUUGUUCUGUCCGGCGCUGGCCAAGCCGGUCCGCUACUCCAUCCCGGAGGAGCUGGACCGCGGCUCUGUGGUGGGGAACCUGGCCAAGGAUCUGGGGCUCAGUGUCCUGGAAGUGUCAGCUCGGAAGCUGCGGGUUAGCGCUGAGAAGCUGCACUUCAGCGUAGACGCGGAGAGCGGGGACUUACUGGUGAAGGACCGCAUAGACCGUGAGCAGAUUUGCAAGGAGAGAAGAAGGUGUGAGCUGCAGUUGGAAGCCGUGCUGGAAAACCCCUUGAAUAUUUUUCAUGUCGUCGUGGAAGUUGAGGACGUUAAUGAUCACGCUCCUCAAUUCCCAAAAGAUGAAAUAAACCUAGAAAUAAGUGAAUCCGUCAGCCCAGGGAUGAGAACAAUUCUGGAGUCUGCAGAAGAUCCUGAUAUUGGUGUGAAUUCACUGAGCAAGUAUCAACUAAGUCCUAACGAGUAUUUCUCAUUGUUGGUGAAAGACAACCCGGAUGGUAGCAAAUACCCAGAAUUAGAACUGCAAAAGAUGCUGGACCGAGAAACAGAGAGCACCCACCAUCUGGUGCUGACAGCUGUAGACGGUGGGGACCCGCCCCGAAGUGGCACCACUCAGCUCCGAAUCCGAGUGGUGGAUGCCAACGAUAACCCCCCAGUGUUCAGCCAAGAUGUGUACAGGGUCCGCCUUCGGGAAGAUGUGCCUCCAGGGACGGCCGUCCUAAGGCUGAGAGCCACGGAUCAGGACGAGGGCAGCAAUGCAGAAUUCACGUACUCCUUCCUCGGAGUAGCUAACAAAGCCCAGCACGUGUUCUCUCUGGAUCCUAUAACCGGAGAUAUUGUAACUCGCCAGCCAUUGGAUUUUGAAGAAGUAGAAAGAUAUACGAUUGAUGUGGAGGGAAAGGACCGAGGAUCUCUUUCUUCACAGUGCAAAGUAAUUAUAGAAGUUCUAGAUGAGAACGACAACAGCCCAGAAAUAAUCAUCACUUCCCUCUCUGAACAGAUUUUGGAGGAUUCCCCUUCUGGAACGGUUGUGGCCCUCUUCAAAGUACGGGAUCGAGAUUCCGGGGAAAACGCAGAAGUUUCGUGCAGUUUAAGCAGAGAUAGUCCGUUUAAGAUUCAUUCCUCUUCCAAUAAUUACUACAAGUUAGUAACAGAUAGCACCCUAGACCGGGAACAGACCCCGGGGUACAACAUCACUAUCACAGCCACAGAUAGGGGCCAGCCGCCCCUUUCCUCCAGCACAACCAUCGUUCUGCACGUCGCUGACGUCAACGACAACGCACCUGUUUUCCAAGAGCCCGCCUAUCUGGUAAAUGUACCAGAAAACAACCAGCCCGGUACCUCCAUAACCCAAGUCAAAGCAUGGGAUCCAGAUCUGGGACCAAAUGGCCUCGUCUCCUACUCCAUCAUUGCCAGCGACCUAGACCCAAAGACGUUGUCAUCAUUUGUAUCCGUGAACCAGGACAGUGGAGUGGUGUUCGCGCAGCGCGCCUUCGACCACGAGCAGCUCCGCUCCUUCCAGCUGACACUGCAGGCCCGCGACCAGGGCUCGCCCGCGCUCAGCGUCAACGUGAGCAUGCGCAUACUGGUGGGCGACCGCAACGACAACGCGCCGCGCGUUCUGUACCCUGCGCUGGAGCCCGAUGGUUCCGCGCUCUUCGACAUGGUGCCUCGCGCUGCCGAGCCCGGAUAUCUGGUUACCAAAGUGGUGGCAGUGGAUGCAGACUCUGGACACAAUGCCUGGCUGUCGUAUCACGUGCUGCAGGCCAGCGACCCUGGGCUAUUCAGCCUGGGCCUGCGCACUGGCGAGGUCCGCACAGCGCGUGCCUUGGGCGACAAGGACGCGGCUCGGCAGCGCCUUCUGGUCGCUGUGCGUGAUGGUGGACAGCCACCACUCUCUGCCACUGCUACAUUGCUUCUAGUUUUCGCAGACAGCCUACAAGAAACAUUGCCGGACCUCAUCGAUCAUCCCUCCCCUUCCGACUCUCAGAGUGAGCUUCAGUUUUACCUGGUGGUGGCCUUGGCCUUGAUCUCAGUGCUUUUCCUCCUCGCCAUAAUUUUGGCCAUUGCUUUGCGCUUGCGACAGUCUCCCAGCCCGUCAACCACUGGCUGCUUGGGGUCAGUUCUUGGCUCCAAGUCUCCACCUGUACUUCCACCCAACUACAGUGAAGGAACAUUGCCCUAUGCCUAUAAUUUGUGCGUGCCAGGAGAUCAAGCUAAGCCAGACUUUAAUUUUCUCACAUCUAUUGGUGAUUAUCCAGCCGCACAAGAUAUUCUCAACAAAGAUAGCUCCUCAGCACUGUUGGCUAGCAUUUUAACUCCUAGUGUCGAAGCAGACGAGAAGACCUUUAACCAGGUAUUUAAUCUUACACUUUUUAUACGCCGGUACUCCAAUGCACUCCAAUACAAUUUGUUUGUGUUUGGUUUUGUUUGGUUUUGA